AUGGUCACGACCACACAAAGGAUCAACAAACGGCUCGAAAAGGCCAGGAACCAGGCGAGGCAUGCGCUUUACCCUUCUACCGACUCGGACUCUGAGAAUGAGCAGAUUGAUUGGAUCGGUGAGCCAUUGAACAAAGAUACUUUCCUGCGCAGGAAAUCAGGGGACGCCACACGGACCAGCGAGCCAGUGCCAGCACCUACAAGGAGAGCAACUCGUGGAUCAGGGCUUUCCAACAUUCCAUACUACAGAGGCUUCACCAAGGGCGAUACAAACUACAGUCUUGGCGAUAUUGUCCUUCUUAGAAACGAGCAGUAUUCCGGGAAACUGCAUCGUCCACAUGUGGCCCAAAUCUUGUCGCUCUGGGAGACCGAAGAAGGCGCAUUCGAAGGCGAUUUUCGCUGGUUUCAUCAAGAGGAGGAUAUUGAAACGCUGAGAAGGCAUCAGAGGAAGGGCAAUUAUCCGGAGAAUCUUGAGCCAGGCGAGAUCGUUUAUACUCUUGACGAUGAUCAAAAUGAUGUCAGCACAGUCGUCGCCAAGUGCCAGGUCUUAAGUGAGUCUGAGUGGCGACAGAAAUUUGGGGACGGACCGACAACACUUCGCAAGGAGGAGCAAAGUAUGGUAUGGUUUUGUCGGGGGAUGGUUCGGAAGAUGACUGGAUACCACGCGAUCGAAUGGAAGGGUGGCGAAGAGAUGAUGAAGCUGAAGGAGGAGAAGGAGGUACGCUCGAAACGGAAGGCAGCAAUACGUCCAAGUCUAGCGGUCAGUCAGUCUCCGAGAAAACCACCAGCUCCUUCUGCCCUGUCAAAGCCCCAACAAAAGAGUGCCACAUCCUCUUCGAAACGCAAUAAAAAAGCAAGGACAGCGGAUAGCGACAGUGGAAGUGAACCGGAGCUAGAAGAAUCAGAAUCAGAGCCAGAAGACUAUGAGGAGGAUGACAGCGAAAGUGAUGCAAGUCCAAAGCUGAACGCAAAAGCUCCAGCAAGGAGGAAGCCGGCACCAGUAGUUCGAAAGCAAAAGACCUCCGAGCGGCCUGCAAUACUUAGACGGGCAAAAACAUUGGUGGUUCAAACACCAACUACUCAUAGAGCCACUUCAACAGCUGUACCGACGACCGAUUUUGAGCACGCCCGCAAUCGCUUGCAUGUGAAGGCUGUGCCGGACACGCUUCCUUGUCGCGAAGAUGAAUUUCUAGAGAUCCAGGACCACCUUGAAAGUGCAAUCGAAGAAGGCACCGGAAGUUGCAUCUAUAUUUCUGGUGUACCAGGAACCGGAAAGACAGCAACGGUGCAUGAGGUCAUCAGGUCAUUACAGGCAAAGGCUGAGGAAGGGGAGAUAUCGCCUUUCCAGUUUGUGGAGAUUAAUGGCAUGAAGGUUACGGAGCCAUCUUAUGCAUAUGUACUUCUAUGGAUGGCGCUGUCCGAUCAAAAGGUCACAGCAAAUCACGCGCUCCAGCUGCUGGAAAAGCAGUUCAGCACACCGGGACCACGACGAUUGCCAUGUGUUGUCUUAAUGGACGAACUCGACUUAAUGGUCACCGCAAAGCAAACGGUCAUGUAUAACUUCUUUGAGUGGCCCAGCUGGGUGCACUCUCGAUUGAUCGUUGUUGCCGUCGCAAACACGAUGGAUCUGCCUGAACGCAUGCUGUCUAACAAAGUCUCCAGUCGUUUGGGCCUAACUAGAAUCAAUUUCCAGCCGUACACCUACCAGCAACUGGUCACAAUUGUGGAGUCCAGGUUGCAGGGUAUCAAAGCAUUUCGAAAGGAGGCCGUUGAGUUUGCGGCGCGCAAAGUUGGGGCUGUCUCUGGAGAUGCCCGUCGGGCGCUUGACAUUUGCAGGCGAGCUGUAGAGAUCGUAGAGUCCAAUGCCCAAAAGCACGAGGAGCAGCGACAAAAGGCAGCACAACGGAAUCCUCAUGAGAACCUUGGACCACCCGCGGAGCUAGAGCAGGUCACAAUUCGGACAGUGGAUCAAGCCAUCAAGGAAAUGUUUGCCUCGCCCAAUGUUCGGCUUAUUCAAACGGCAUCUCUGCACCAAAAACUAUUUCUCGUUGCACUUACGUCAAGGCUGAGACGCUUGGGUCUGGCGGAAGUGGAGUUUUCGGAGAUUGCUCAUGCGCACCUGCAAAUGUGCCGCUUGCAUAAUAUCGAGCCACCAAUGUUGAGUGAUCUUUCAGCCAUAUGCGCCAGUCUAGGAUCUUCAAGGUGCCUGUUAGUCGAGUCCGGAAAGCAGGACAUACAUCAGCGGGUGCGACUGAGCGUAAGUGAAGAGGACGUAAUUAUGGCGCUAAAGGCAGACCCGCUCUUUAGGCGACUAUUGGACAACCUUCCCUCAACAUCAGCAUCGUAG